AUGGAUAUAAAGGAGCAACCUAGUGAAAAAACUUCCUACGCAAAUCUUACUCAUACGAAUGCAGUAGUUGUUGAUCCGGCCCUUCAAUCUGAUCCGACAAAAACAUCAGGCGCUUUCCAAAGUGUUGCCUACAGCCAACCGUACGGCCUGAUUAUGAGCCCUGCGAACCCGUUUGUUCUUGGUGCCACCAGUACUCCCCCUACUGCAUCAUCAGGCAUCGAAGAACAAGAAGAACCGCUCUAUGUGAAUGCUAAACAAUAUCACCGAAUUUUGAAAAGACGAGCGGCUAGAGCAAAAUUGGAAGCAGAAAAUAAAAUACAGAGGGGUCGAAAGAAAUAUCUCCACGAAUCUCGUCACAAGCACGCAAUGCGUCGACCUCGUGGGCCGGGUGGUCGCUUCCUCACCGCAGCUGAAAUUGCGGAAAUGGAACGACAAGAAAAGAAGGAUAAUGAAAAUAAUUCUUCACAGGCACAAGAAUCUCAACAAAAUGGUUCUGGACCAGAAUCUUUAACACACAUCUUAACAGAAAAUGGUGUAGUCAAACUAAAUCUUAGGUCUGAAAAAAGUACUCCUCUACUUCGUGAAGUAGCUAGACACGUCGCACGCGCUAAACGGUGUAUUAUAAUUACGGGUGCCGGUAUUUCCUGUAGUGGUGGAAUACCUGAUUUUAGUAGUUCAGACGGUCUCUAUAGCAUGAUAAAAAGUCAAUAUCCGGGUACUUUUCGUUCAGGCAAAGAUUUAUUUGACGCUGGCUUACUUAGAACUCACGAAUCUAUUAAAGCAUUUUAUCUUUUUAUGGGCGUUUUAAAAGAGUUGAUUGUAAAUGCUACACCUACAGCCACUCAUUUUUUUAUAAAAAAAUUAGCUGAUAUGAAGAAAUUAAAAAGAGUAUAUACACAAAAUAUAGAUAAUCUCGAAGAAUUAGUUGGAUUAGAAGUGGAUUGGCAACUUGAAAGAGUUAAACAUUGUCAAGCUCAAGUAGUUCAACUACAUGGAACUAUGUCGAAAUUACGAUGUAGCGCUUGUACAAAUAAUUAUUCUUUUGCAACGCAGUAUUGUGACGUUUUUAAGCAAGGUGAGGCGCCAAAUUGUCCCGGAUGUGAAGAGAGAGAGGACGCUAGAAUCGAACAAGGUAGACGACCUCAUACUAUUGGACAAUUGAAACCUACAGUAAUUCUUUACGGUGAUUCACAUCCUAAAGGAUUAGAAAUUUGUCAAAUUGCCGCACAAGAUCAGGAUAAAGCGGAUUGUUUGGUAAUAAUGGGAACAUCUUUAAGAAUUCCUGGUGUAAAAGCUCUUAUAAAAGACUUUGCUAGAGCUGUCCAUGAUCGUGAAGGUUAUGUGAUAUUAGUGAAUGCUACAGAUGUAGUUACUAAAGAAUGGAAUGGGUUAAUUGAUUAUCAAAUAGAAGGAACCUGCGAUGAAUGGGUUAAACUUGUUGACAUAGAAUUAUCAAAUAUUGAAAGAACAACGGCCACGAGACUUUUGAAAAGUAAAUCGGUCGAAACAAAUAAUAAAGAACAAGAAAAGAAAGAAAGAAAGAAGAGAGGUGUUGAAGAACCAUUAGAUAAAAAAGGAAAAAAGACAAAAAUUAAUAUAGUUAAAAGAGUUGAAACGAAGAAUUCAAAUAAAGAAUUAAUGGAAACGAGAGAAAGGAAGAAGAGACGUCUUAGUAAUGAAUCAUUCGAAAAAAGGGAAAGAAAACCGAGAAUCCUCAAGAAUAAAAUAAUCAAGAAGAAAGAAAGAAGGCCGAGGAAUGUUAAACCCAUACAGGCAGAUGUAAAAGAAAAGAAAACGAGAGUUCCCAAAAAUAAACUUUUUGAAAAAAAAACGAAAAGAGGACCUUUAACGUAG